CCGUCUGUCCGCACUUGGGUCCUUGCUGCUGCCCCGUAACAGUUUCACUAACACUCGGAAAUAUCAGUACUUCAACUUAACAGUACAAGAGCGUUCUUUUUUUUUUAUUUCACAUUUAGAUUUACAAAACUCCUUUUGAGGAAACAUGUUUGCAUCUGAAACAUAACAAGCUUACAACACAUAAGUGAAUAGGCUAUGUAUACAUAGGCUACACAUUUCCAUUCUACGUGUAGAUUCACUUGCUUUGGAAAGCAGAGCUAGAGGGAUAAACAAACGUGGCACCACACCGGUAAGUACCAGAGGAAGUGGUUACAGUGCUGUGCUACGGCCAUAGAUCAGGACUGUCAUGAAGGCCAGAGCUUGUACAAGAAGGCAGUACGGCACCAUUCUCCUCGUUCUGGCCGUGGCUGUCUUAAUCUUAGUGCUACACAACAUGGACGUUCUGGAGUUUCAGGAUAUAAUGAAGUCCAUCAUCGUCCCAAAAGUUUCCACUGAUCCUGACAUGAAUCACAGCUUCUGCACCUUCCAGCCACUCUCCGCUGAGGACGCUCUGGAGGAACGCCUCCUACUAGACUCCAUUGCUUGGCCUGAAACUCCACCUUUGCCAUCUCCCGUUUCCCUGGAGCAGACCAGUGAUCCAGCUCACAGCACCUUCACCAUUCUCCCAAGGAGGGGAGGAGGACAGUGGCACGUAGGGGAUCAGCUGGAGGUCAUGAUAAAAAUGUCUGACUUCCAUGGUCAUCCCAAGAAGUAUGGGGGGGACUUCUUACUCGCCCGGCUCCACAACCUGAAGCUUGGUGCAGGUGUAGCUGGGCAAGUGGUGGAUCAUCUCAAUGGGAGCUACUCUGCUGUAUUCUCUUUACUCUGGGAAGGAGACGCACAGGUUGAGGUGACGCUGGUUCAUCCUAGUGAGGCUAUCACUGUGCUAAGCAGGCUGACCAGAGAACAUCCUGACAGGAUUUACUUCCACAGCCUCUUCCGCUCAGGCUCACUCUCUGAAACUACUGUCUGUAACGUCUGCCUGCAUCCAACCCAGCAGCCGCUGUGCAACUACACUGACGUCCGUACAGGCGAGCCUUGGUUCUGCUACAAGCCAAAGAACCUGAGCUGUGACUCCAGGAUCAACCAUUCCAGGACAAGAUACAAAGUAAACAUUGAGGCCAAUGAGACAAAGCUCUUUCAAAGGGGUGUCAACUUGAAAGUCUACGUUCGGGCGUCAGGACCUGCCAGUGUCACUGUUUUGCAAAAAAAAAUAGGUCAACCAGAGGUGAAGAGCAGCAAUGUGACAUCUAGACCCUCUGGCUAUUACUACCAGGGUUUGUGGCAAACACUGGAUGGUCCCACAGUUCACCAAUUCAACAUUUCUGCCAUCAGUCAGUGUCUGAAAGACAACGUGGUCCACAUGUAUGGAGACUCCACCAUCAGGCAGUGGUUUGAAUACCUCAACGCCAUACUACCAGAUCUUAAGGAGUUCGACCUGCACGGCCCUUGGAAAGUUGGACCUUACAUCUCCUUGGACUAUGCAAACAACAUCUUGGUGACAUACCGAUGCCACGGUCCUCCACUCAGUUUUACCAUUGUCCCAAUCAGCGAGUUUCGUUACAUUGCCAAUGAACUAGAUGGCUUAAUUGGAGGCACCAAUACUGUUGUAGUUUUUGGCAUCUGGGCUCACUUUUGCCCCUUCCCCAUGGAGGUGUACAUCCGGCGGCUGCAGAACAUCCGCAGGGCGGUGGUGCGGCUGCUCGACAGGGCUCCAGGCACAGUGGUCAUCAUCCGGACAGGGAACCCAAGAGCUCCGGCACUUGACGUGGCGCUAACCUUCGGUGACUGGUACUCGCUGCAGCAUGAUAAGAUGCUCAGAGCUAUGUUCAAAGGACUGAAUGUUUAUCUGGUUGAUGCCUGGGAGAUGGUUGUGGCCCACCACCUGCCGCACAACAUCCAUCCAUCAGCUCCCAUUAUUAAGAAUAUGCUUAAUGUUCUCUUGUCAUAUGUAUGUCCUCAAAAGGGUGGCUAGAUGUGUGUGUGUUGGGGGAGAGAACUGGAGAUUCAAGUGCACACUUGAGUUUACAUGUUGUCUCUGUGAUUUUACCAAAUGCUGCAUCUUGCCUUCAGUAGUCCCCAGCACAGACCAGUGUAUCCAGCAAAAGACGUGUUUUGUCUUUAAAUCUUGUGAGUUAUAAUGAAGCAGAUUUGUUGACUCGUGUUUGAAAAUGCCUCUAUUAAGCCAUGUUUACUGUGUAUUUUUUAUGUGUUUUGAAAUAAUUGAACUUUACUGUGCUUCAUAGAAACUCCACCGUUGUCUAGUGUUUUGGAGGUCUACCUGCAGAGUAACACAGACACACCAUCAUACAAGUAUGUGCUGUAUCAAGAAGACAUCCUCAAGUUGGCAUCUUGUGACCCGUCAUACGCCUUACUGUCAGGGAGAACAACAGUUUUACACAUACAGGACCUUUAUGAAUCAGAGAAAGCACCUACACUGGAGCUCAUGAACAGUGCAAAUGCUGUUGCAUUAAGUGAGUAAUCAAAAUUAGAGUUACUGCAAUGUCGAACAGUGUAAUAAUAAUAAUAAAAAAAAUAAUCAACAACAAAAACACUGUUUGACAGAAUAAGCACUUUUAAGUUGUCUCCUGCUUCUAAGUCAUGGUUUCAAGAUUAUCCUGUUGUAGCAGUGCAACACCGAUUUGAAAUAAAUAAAUCUUAAUAUCAAGAUCA